GACAAAACAAAAAAGCAAAACCACCACAAUGGAAUAAAAAGUGGUUCUGCUUCACGAAGAAUAAACCAAUACAAAACAACAAAACUAAACCACCAUUUCUCUCUCUCUCUCCUCGCCAGCUUCUGCAAUUCGAAAGUUCUUCGCAUCUUGCUGUCAUCACUCUCUCGCGAAUCGAAUCACAAUUCUUAAUCUUUUUUCAUCUCUAUUGCGAUCUCUCUGAAAUUUGUGGCUUCACGAUUUCAAAAUCUCUACUUGCAUCACCAAUCGUUGUGGGUUUAGGGUUUUGCAUCGACGACAUCUAUAGCUCCGGAGAAGCAUACUCGUCUUCUUUUUAAGCUAAAUUCGAGGUCAAAUUACUUACUGUGAAGAAACUUUCGAGUGAUGAUUCCAAUGGAUAAUUAUUGCGUACCGAGCACUAGCACGACCGGUUUAGUAUUUUCGGCAAAUUCAAGCAUGAAUGCUUCCUCUGGAUUCCACCUAACUGUAAACUCUCCGACUUCGGUUACUGGACUCAAACAUGAAGCUUCUUUGGCUGUUGAUUGGUCUGUUGAGGAGCAGUAUGUAUUGGAGAAAGGUCUUGCAAAAUUUAAAGAUGUACCACAAGUUACGAAGUAUGUAAAGAUCGCAGCAACUCUACCAGAGAAAAGUGUACGGGAUGUAGCAAUGAGAUGUAAAUGGAUGACGCAAAAACGAAGAAAAGGGGAAGAACAUAGUACCGGCACGACGGUUAGUUAUAGAAAGGUGGUGGAUUUACCCCCAAAACUGAACAUGUUUUCGACUUUGCCUCAACAAAAUGCUACAUAUGCCAUAAACCAUAUGUGCCAGAGUGCACGCAUGCCUUUUGAAGGUCUAAGUGAUGCGGUUAUGGAGCGUCUACGGCAGAAUGCUCAAGCUUUCAGUCAAAUUUCUUCAAACCUUUCUGUGUGCAAGCUACAGGAUAACGUCAGUCUGUUUUAUAUGGCAAGAAAUAACAUCAGUGCCAUCUUGAAUGACAUGAAGGAGAUGCCUGGUAUCAUCAGCCGGAUGCCGCCUUUGCCUGUCUCAAUUAACAAUGAGCUUGCAAGCAGUUUAAUGACGAGUACAACACAGCCGAGAUCUUAUACCAUUCCCUCAAGCAUCUAUCUGAAGCAGGAGCCAAGAAACUGAUGGGGUAGGAUACUGGAUUUUGACCAAUGCUAAAGGAACUAGCACAAGAAAUCUCCUGUAAAUGGCAGCUGUUCAACGUUACCCAGACGAAAGAUGAUGGUUUUGUCAACUGCUAAACCCUCUUGCAAAACACAAGAUUGAACAAGAUGGGAUCUUGUGGGAACCCUUUGUGCUGUCGGCUAAUAUAAACACUGAACCGCAGGCUAGCCAAAAAUCCUUUUGCAAAUCCUUUCACGUCUCCGAAACUGAUUAUUUUUCCGGUGCCAAAAUGCUUUGGCGGUCAAUCCAAGAUAUGAAUUCGUUGCACAGAUCCGUGUUAAAGUUGGUUGUAUAGAUUAGCUGUUUCUGUAAGGUUUUAGAUGAGAGUUACAUCAAGUUUGUAUCAAGAACACAUCUUUGUAAGGUUUGGUUUUCAGAGGCAUUUCAUAUUUUACUUAACCUCAAA